AAAACUUUUCCUCACAAUAAAAUUUCACCGUGUAAUUGGUAAUGUUUGGUUCAGUGGCGUUUAGUACGAAGAAGUGUAUAACAAAAUGAAAAACAUCUGACUCAAUUCAAUAACAACUGACAUUUGACUACCAAUAUUAUUUUACGCAGAAUUUAUUGUAUAUUAUAUAUUAGAUAAAUGAAAUGAAUUGUGGAUAUAAUGAAUCGUUUUGAGUAUAUAGAAGCUCGCCUUCACGAAGGCGAAACAUUUGUUAGUCGUGAUCACAACAUUAAAUUAUAUGACGGUGAUCAAAAAACCCGAUUUGAGGAAGGCGAAAUUUUAUUAACCUCACACCGUAUUUUUUGGGGUCAACCAGGAGAUAUAGCACGUGCUGCUGUAACGUUAUGCCUGCCACUUAAAUAUGUGAUAUCAAUUAGUGAAGAAACUGCCAGCUCCUAUAUAUUUGGUCGCAAAACGCGUUACGUAUUACAUUUGCGCCCACCAGCAGCAGAUAAGGCACCUGGACCACUUGACAGUAGCCGCGCAGCAUAUAUAAAAAUCUCAGGUAAAAAUGGAGUAAAUACAGAAUUUAGCGUUGCCUUGCGAGAAACUUUAAAUGCGCGCAUAUGGGAAAUUAGUAUCAGUACAAAUGGAAUAUUCACAGGAAAUAGACAAGCAAAUGCAACAAUUGUUAAUAGUAAUUUAAGAUUAAAGAUGCGUACUGGCAUUGGUGGUAUUGAACGUUCUAUUGAAGCGAAAGCUAAAGAAACGGAUGAAAAUAUUGCUUUAGCUUUUCAGGAUCUCAAUGUGUUGAUGGCAAUGGCAAAAGAUAUGGUAUCAGUUUCAAAAGUGAUUAGCACCAAAAUACGCGAACAGAAAGGAGAAAUUUCGGAUGACGAAACUGUGCGCUUUAAAUCAUAUCUAAUGAGUUUAGGUAUAGAUGAUCCAGUAACACGAGAAAAUUUCACAAGCAAUACUGAAUAUUUUCGAAGUUUGGCACAGCAAAUUUGCGAAAUGCUGCUAGAUCCAUUGGAGGAAUCACGUGGUAUGAUGUCAAUGGCAGAUGUUUAUUGUCGUAUAAAUCGUGCACGUGGUUUAGAAUUACUAUCACCGGAAGAUCUUUUAAAUGCAUGUCGUCAGCUUACUGGACCAAUUAAGUUACGUACAUUUCCAAGUGGUGCAAUGGUACUGCAACUAGAGUCUCAAGAUGAUGAAAUAAUUGCUACUGAAACCUUAGAACUGGUAGAAGUCGCCCAAUCGUUAGCGGCAGAAGAAUUAGCUAAACAGUUGAAUAUAUCUUUAUUGUUAGCUAAAGAACGACUUUUAACAGCGGAACGAUUAGGUAAAGUUUGUCGGGAUGAAUCUUUAGAGGGGCUUAGAUUUUACCCAAAUUUGCUUUUAAGCAGGGAAUAGAACAAAAAAGAAAACUGUGGUUUACCAUCAAUAUUUUAUUUUAUUUUAUUUAAAACA